AUGCCGGCAAGAAGCUGUACAAGUGUUUCCGAGUGCGGCAAGUCAUUCACCCGGACCGACGACCUCUUCCACCACCAGCUCAUACACAACCGAGAGAGGAAGUUCGCCUGCGACGACUGCGGCAAGUGCUUCAAGGCGGAGUCCGAGCUUGCCGCCCACCGCAGGGCGCACCCGGCCGAGGAGCUGUUCCUGUGCUCCGGCUGCGGCAGAGACUUCACACAGUACACCAAACUUCUCCGACACCAGAAGAGUCACCCCCAACCACCGCCUGUCUUCAUCACUGGGUGCGGAGCUGAUUUCUGCAACAAGACGGACCUCACGGCACAUGCCCGGAUACACAAAGCCAACAGGGUCCUCUACUGCUCAGAGUGCAACAUCACCUUCCCGAGCAACUCGCACCUCAUCAUCCAUGAGAGGAUCCACACAGGAGAGAAGCCCUUCGCCUGCUCGCAUUGCGGGAAACGCUUCUCCAGCAAGUCCAACGUCGCUGAGCACAUGAAGGUCCACACGGGCUCCAAACAGUUCUGCUGCUCGGCCUGCGGCAAAUCUUACGCCCGCCAAGAGAAUCUGCUCAGCCACCAGCGGAUCCACCAAGAGGCGCGCUUCCACACCUUAGACAAACCAUACCCGUGCAUCCUCUGCGGGAAGCGCUUCGCUCACAAGGCGCUGCUCCUCAGACACGAACGGACUCAUGUCGGCGAGAAACUGUUUGAAUGCUCGGAGUGUGGGAAGCAGUUCAGCUCGGGGCCCCGCCUUCUAAAUCACCAGAAACUGCACACGGCAGACAAGGCCUAUCAGUGUACCGAGUGUGGCAAUUGUUUCAAGCAGAAGAACAACCUGGUGAGGCAUCAGAGGGUUCACGAGGUAGAAAAGCCCUUCUGGUGUGCCGAAUGUGAGAGAGGGUUCACCACCAGGUCCAACCUCAAGGUCCAUCGUAGAGUCCACAUAAUGCGAAGGCAACACCCCUGCCCACACUGCAGCAAGGAGUUCCCCUUUAAGAGCCGGUUAAACGAACAUUUAAAGAGUCAUGAAGAGAAUAAAACUGACGAGGGGUGA